GCCGCGGGCGAUGUGGAGCUCUGGGGCCGCCGUGGUGCAGCUCCUCUCCCGGGCGACCAAGUACGCCGUUGGCCCGGGAGGCCGGCAGGACCUGAGCCGCUGGCUGCCUCGGCUGGGCGCUGCCGGGGAGGUGAGCGAGGCGGCGGGCAGGGGAGGAGGAGCGGCGGCGGCGGAAGGGCUGUGUUUCGGGGAGCAGAACGGGCUGCACCAACACCACCAUUAUGCUCAUCCUUCCCAGGAGCAGCCGGCGGAGGUCCUGCUGUGCCAGUUGCCGGAGGGGGGGCCCGGCGGCUCGGCCGAAGGCAGGACGUGGCGCUGGUCGUGCUGCCUGCUGGGCACCUGCUGGUGCAAGAGCUGCCUGAGCGUGUGCUUCUUGGCGGCUCUCUGCUUCGCCUCGCUCGCCCUCGUGCGCCAGUACCUGCGCGACCUGAUGCUCUGGGCCGAGAGCUUGGACAGCCUGGCCGGCGUGCUGCUCUUCACCGUGGGCUUCAUCGUCGUCUCCUUCCCUUGCGGCUGGGGCUACAUCCUGCUCAAUGUGGCCGCGGGCUACCUCUAUGGCUUCGUGCUGGGCAUGGGCCUCAUGGUGCUGGGGGUCCUCAUUGGCACUUUCAUCUCUCACGUGGUCUGCAAGAAGCUGCUGGCCCGAUGGGUACAAGCCAGGAUCCAGGGCAGUGAGAAGCUCAGCGCCGUCAUCCGUGUGGUGGAGGGAGGAAGUGGCCUCAAGGUGGUGGCCUUGGCGAGGCUCACCCCUAUACCCUUCGGCCUCCAAAACGCAAUCUUCUCUAUAACAGAUCUCUCACUACCUAACUAUCUGAUGGCUUCUUCCAUUGGAUUGCUUCCAACUCAGCUCUUAAACUCCUACUUGGGCACCACCUUGCGCACAAUGGAGGAUGUUAUUGCAGAACAAAGUGUUAGUGGUUAUUUCAUAUUUAGUUUACAGAUUCUAAUAAGUAUAGGCCUCAUGUUUUAUGUUGUCCACCGAGCUCAAGUGGAGCUGAAUGCAGCCAUUGUUGCAUGUGAAAUGGAAAUGAAGACAUCGCUUGUUCAAAGCAGUCAUUCAAGCAACAGCAGUUCAGAGAGCUCGCAAGGUGAAUGCAAGUCUUUGUUCUGA